AUGGCAAUUUUUCUCCGUCUUUUCAGCCAGCGGCAUUCUUCCAGGAGAAGUAGCCUUGAAGAUGUUGCGGCAGUUUCCCCCCGCGAAAGGGAGCUGUUGACAGUUACCAACCUUUCGCAAUCAUUUUCGGCGUCCAGUGGCCCUAGUUCGUCUGACGACCCUGAUGAAUUGCCUCCAACCUGUGGCCGCGUGCAGCUUGGUCUGUUGGGUGUUGCCGUCAGUGCGUGCUUUAUUAUUUUGUUCCUCUUGCCUUUUAAAGAUGUGCUAAGGCAGGUGGUUGAGCACCAGAAGGGCAGUCCAGUGACGUACGCGCUUACGUACGUCGUGGCCGGGCUUGUGGUACCAGCUCCAUUGCUUUCGGUCUUGGCUGGCGUGUUGAUGGGUCCUUCGCUUCUCGCAGUUUUCGUCAUUAUUUGUGGAAGUAUGGGCGCAGCAUGUCUGGCGUUUUUCAUAUCUCGCUUCAUGCUGCGGCGUUUUGUCGUCAAUCGGUUCGUGCGUCGUAGCAAGCAGCUCCAGGCCAUCGACUUGGCUUUGCAAAAAGAUUCAGUCAAGCUUGUUCUUUGUACAAGGAUGAUCUUACCCUUUACUUUCAACAACUACUUCCUUGGCACAACCCCGAUCUCGGCGGCAACAUUUGCUGUGUCCACCCUUGUAACCGGCAUUCCGUUCGCCGUGUUGUAUGCGAUAAUCGGGGGACAGCUGCAGAGCCUAGACAACGCACUGGCGGCAAAGUCGUUUGAGCUGCAAGGAGCUGACGUCGACGUCUUCGGAUUCUUUACAAUGUCAAAGAGCCACUUGGAGGUGAUAGGGAUCUGUGGGGGUAUUCUCGUUUGUUUUUUCGUAGUGCGGACGAUAAAACGAUUUGCCGCUCAGGUUGUUUUAGAGGCACAGGAAGUGACGAGAGGAUGA